AUGCCAUCAGCUGGAGGGCCUUGUGCUGAUCCUGGUGGCACAUCCGAUUUACUAGGUUUAGACAAGGGAUUGGGAGCAUCUGGAUCUGAGCUGCUCGCCUUGGGCUCCAUAGUUCCUCAAGAAGAAGAAUACAUCCGAGUUGAAAGCCCGUUUGAACGGAGAGCCAAAGCAGUUGAUGAAGUGUGGAGAGGGAUGUGGGAUCCCGACAGAUAUGAAUCUAUCAUGAACAAUUUGACUGAGGAAAAUCAAAUGUGGAUGAGUGUCAUUAAGCUGUACUUGGUCAAUUUGUCAGAGCAGUACGCGGAAGAGCUGGGCACGCUGGGGCGGCCGGAUGAUAUGCUCAUGAAGCCAGCAGUUGACAGGUUGUGUGGUCUUUUCACAGGAGAGAUCGUGCCACUUCUGCUGGAAGGAAGCCCCCACGGCCAGGGCACAAAUUCAGCAAGGGCACAGGAGGCAAAGCGGUCCACCGGAUCAGCCUGUCUAGAAGCUGUGAACGAAUGUCUCGCCGCAGAUCGUCCCCAAGAACAUUUCCACAAAACCGCAUUCAGCCUGGUGGAAGCGGGCCUGCAGGCUCCGCUCAUCCUCUACAGAAAACAGCUGAUCACAGCGCACGAAGUGGGGGCCUUCUUCAGCACUGAAGGCGUCGUAAAGGCGGUCGGGAAACAGCUGGUGGAUGUCUAUGGAGAAGAGUACCCUCACUUCACGAGGUUCGUGAACUUCAAGCCUGACAUGCAGUUCUUGAAACACGACUUGAGGACCGUCACUAUGCAUUGGUGGCUCAACAUGCUGGACACACCCACGGAGGGGAGAAUUCUUUACAGAUCAAUGCAAGCACUGUUCUCAAAGAUGGGCCUCCGCGAAGACAGCCAGGACGGAAUCUCCUCAGCCACAUGGGAAAGAUUCCGCAGUGAUGAGUUCAUGGAUGAAUUCCGCUGGAAAGGGACCGUCCCCUCUUCUGCAGUGGGCAACAGCGACUCCAUGAUCCCCUAUCUGCUCAACCUUUUCACGCAAGCAUCCCGGACGCACGACGUGCCAGAAUUUCUGGCAGACUUUUGGGUUGUCCGCUUUGUGCUCCGCUACCAUGCCGGCAACAUGCGUGAAGCGCUGUUCAAAGCAGAUGCAGAGCUCAAGCUCCAAUACGAGGCAACAGAGACCCUCCUCGGAUUGCACGCUAUCCUCAACCGGGCUUGCGCCCAGCAAUGGUGGUUCCAGUGGGACCAGAAAACCGUCCUCGUCCAAAACGCGGAGCGGAUCCAGAACUUCAGGCUCCCAACCGGUAAAAGAGAGGCCCAAAAGUACCUGGAAAGCCUUGCUUCCCUCAAGAGCCUCCUAGGGGAACUAGAAGUGGAAGAAGGACUAGUACAUAGAUCUGGGAUUGCUGCACUCUUAGGGCGCUUCCAGGAAAAGGAAGCCACCUCUCUGGUCUUGAAUGAUUGGCUACAGCCAGUGGAAUAUACAACAGUCAAAACAAUGCUUCCAGUAUUGAAAACUUCACGCCGUGAGAUCUUUAAAGAGCUGAUCAGGGUUUUGAGUUACCGCUUCACACAUUCAUUCAAAUGA